AUGUUAUUCACUUCGUCAUGGUUUAUGGAUAUUUUGUUAGCUUUGAGUUUAACCUGCUUUCUAAUCUACAAAUAUCUAACAAGGCACUUUAAUUAUUGGAAAAAGAGGAACGUUCAACAUCCACAACCUAUUCCUUUAUUCGGAAAUUUUUAUAAUGUGCUAGCAAUGAAAUCAGUUACUCCAGAAUAUAUAAAAAGCAUUUGGAAUAAAAUAGAUGCGCCCUAUUUUGGAAUGUUUAUUUUUGAUGAACCAGUAUUAGUUUUAAAAUCUCCUAAAUUAAUAAAAGAUGUUCUAACAAGGCAUUCGUCCACUUUUUACGAUAGAAGAAUUGCUAUACCUGCGCAUCCAAAUAUGGCACACGGGUUGUUUUUCCUAAAAGACGAGCAGUGGAAAAUUAUGAGAAACACAAUUACACCACUAUUUACAUCCGGCAUGAUAAAACAGUUAGAACCUCAUUUUAUUGAGAUAAAUAACCUAAUGUCUGAGUUUCUUACUAAAAAUAGUGGGGUUUUAGAUACUUCAAAUCUUGCAAAGAAUCUUGUUAGCGAGUACCUUAUUCGAAGUUUCUUUAAUGUCGAACCAAAAUGUUUUGAAGAUCAACCAUCCAUCAUUCAGGAACACGUUAACAAGAUGUUCAAGUUUUCUUUACGGAAUAUAUUAAUUCAGAACUUAUUUUUCUUUAAACCCACCUGGAUCACUGCGUUAAAAUUAAAUUUUAUUCCAGACUCGGUAAUAACGUUUUUUGAAGUUAUCUUUAAAAAUUCAAUGAUAGCUAGAGAAAGUUAUACUGGUAAGCCUCAAAACCUGGUCGAUUUGGCAAACAAAGCUUUAAGAGAUAAUCCAAAUGGUGGACAUAUAUCAGUUUUAUUUAUUCAAGAUUUUGGAGUGUUUUUGUCGAAUGCCAUACUCUUCUUAAUAGCUGGACAGGAUACUACAAGUACAGCAGUAAAGUUUGGUUUAUACGAACUUGCCAUGAAUCAGGAAAUACAAGAUAAAUUACGAAAUGAGGUAAGGGCUAACGUUAAAAAAUAUGGAUCGCUGUCAUUUGAAGGAGUACAAGAUAAUAAAUAUUUAGGAAUGUGUAUUAAUGAAACAUUAAGAAAAUAUCCGGCAUUACCAUUCAUUGACCGAACAGCUAGGAAUGAUUUCAAAUUUGAAGAUACAGAUCUUGUAGUGGAGAAGAAUAUGUCGGUACUUAUUCCCGCUUUUUCUUUACAGAGAGAUGAAAACUUAUUUAGAAACCCUGAAUUGUUUGACCCUGAAAGAUUUUCAGAUGACAGCAUUAAUUCAGAUGGACUCACUUUUUUACCAUUUGGAGAAGGACCAAAAUAUUGUAUAGGUAAACGACUGGGAAUUUUGAUAGUGUCCAUGAUUUUAUCAAAUAUUGUUUUAAAUUUUAAACUCGAAAAAUGUAAUAAAACUCCGGAGAAAAUCGAGUUUGAACCAAGAAGUUUUGUACUCUCCUCUAAAGUUGGACUUCCAAUAAUGAUAACACCUAUACAGGAGAUCUGA